AUGAAAAGAUUUACGCCUUUAUCUCGGUUAUCAAGCAGUAAUUAUUUUAUUGGUAUUGAACUGAACGGUUAUACUUUCAUUCACAGAUUACGCGAAGAAUGUUUUGAAAAUGCGCAUCCACUUCGUUCAUUAGCUCAUGGUGGUGCUGGUAUUUAUAUCAAAGAAGGAAUUCCAUUUGAACAGGUUAUUUUAAUGGAUGUGUUAAAUGUAGAGUGUGUCUUUGUUCAUUUACCAUUAAUUGGCUUGUUUAUUGUAACAGCAUAUCGCCCUGCAAAACAGAGUAAAACUGAUUUUUCAAACAGAAUGAAAGAAGUUCGACAAAUCAUUGACUCGUCAAAUAAAACUGUAUUCCUUUGCGAUAUCAAUGAAAAUUCUUUAUCGGAUGCUGAAAGUCACAUUAUAGACGAAUCUUUUAUUGGGGCGAAAUUUACCAAUUUGUUCCACAAAGUGCCAACCACAAAUGAGUUAAGUAGUAUAGACCGUAUCUAUGUUAACUUUGGAACAGAGGAUGUAAUUGAAAGGAUCAUUAUUCCAAAUUAUUACAGUUAUCACGAGGGAUUCGGUAUAUCAAUUAAAAACUGCGUGAUGUUACAAACAGAUUCUCAAAUAAAAUCUAUUAAUAGUAAUGUAGCUGAAGUACCAGGUAUGAUAAGUGAUUCACUUAAUAUUACGGCUGAUAAAAACUCCUCAUCAAUUAUGCCAACGACGCUAUUCGACAAAUGCAAAUUCGAAAACCCUAUAUCUGAUAAAAAAGUUAGUCCUAAACAAAACCCGCAUAUUAAUGUUAAUGAGAAGAGACACUCACCCUAUGGCAAAUACGGUAUGACAAAAUACGAUGCAACACAUUGGUACACAGACGAUCAUAUACAAAACAUCAUUAAAUAUGCUAUUAAUGAAAAUCAAUUAUUGAAUGAAAAUAUGUUCAAUUCUAUGUUAUGUACUAAUCGAUUUGUCCAAACCGAGAACAGAAUGAGUAACGAUAUAGAAUGA